AUGUCGCAGCCGGAGGUUGACUACGCACCCAUCGGAGAGGAAGAGAUGAAACUCGCCUUCCAAGCCAUCGAUCAGGAGCAACGCGAAGGGAACAACCAGGUCAACGCCAGCAACUCGGCCCAACAGCAGAACCAGCAUCACCAAACCACGCAACACCUGCCAGCCUACGUGCGCACCACGCCCGGCAUCCCGACCCACUUCGACACGCCGCGGUCGGGCGGGCUCACGCAGCAGGCCGCCUCGCGCUCGGUGAGCAAGCCCCCGCCGGGCGCCAACGUGACCCAGCAGGAGACCCAGACGCAACCCUACCAGCCCCAGCCGCCUCAGGCCAAGCGCCCCAACCUCUUCUCCCUCUCGGGGUCCUCCUCCGCAAGUUCUUCCUCCUCUUCUUCCUCUUCCUCCUCUUCAUCGUCGUCGUCUUCUUCUCCUUUCUCCACUUCGUUCUCCUCUACGUCGCCUUCGUCCCUCGCUGGGCAGCAGCCGCGCACUUCGCCUCCGCGCGCCUUCACGCCCAACGCCCGCGGCGUCGGCGUCGGCGGAGGCGGCUACUCGGCUCCGUCGUCGUCAUCGACUUCGCCGUUUUCGGCGAAUGCCACCUCUCAGCAGCAGGGUCCCCUCUCCGCUGGCCAGUCUCCCUCCAAUCACGGCGCCGCCGGCGCUGGUCAACAGCUCCAGCCGCCGCCGCCGCAACAGCAGACCCAGCCGGGUGGCGGCUCGCCGUACGUGGCUCCGACGUCGUCCUACGCUGCAGGGCCUGGCGUGCAGGGUGGUGGUGGUGGUGCGCCGAUGAGCGAGGACGCGGUGACGGCGGCCAUUCAGCAGAUGAAGGAGGAGGAGCGGCGCCGUAAGGAGGAGCGGAAGCGGAAGCGCGAGGAGGAAGAGAGCUGGGCGCGCAUGGUGCGCGGCAAGCUCGACCAGGAGGCCGAGAAGAUCGACAAAUACGAACAGUCGACCCACGACUCCAACCGCGAGCUCUACGCCCUCUUCAACGACCUCCAUUUUGGGAUCCAGUUCGAGACGCCCGAGCUGGUGGUGGUUGGCAUGCAAUCGGACGGCAAAUCGAGCUUCAUCGAAGCUUUGCUCGGCUUCCAGUUCAACAUCGUCGAAACCAACAUAGGCACGCGUAGGCCGCUCAUCCUGCAGAUGAUCAACAACCCGGAGAGGGACAUCCCCAACUGCCGCUUCCGCAGGGAGAACGCCUACAACGAAGGCGAGGCGGGGCAACAGGCAGUCGAAGCCGAUACGUGGGAGCCGCGCGACACACCGAUCGAGGACCUGGUCCACGAGAUCGUGAGGCGGACCAAUGAGAAGGCUGGCCGUGGGGAGCACGUCAGCGCCGCGCCCAUCAUCCUCCGCGUUGAGUACGCCCACUGCGCCAACCUGACCAUCUACGACACGCCCGGCUUCCGCCUCGGAGGCGAUGAAAAACUGCGCGCCGACAUCCAGCGCAUGGUCGAGCGGCUGAUGCAGCCCGCGAACCGCAUCAUCGUUUGCUUGGAGCAAUCGACGGUGGAGUGGGCCAACACGUCGUCGCGGCCGAUCGUGCGCCGCUUCGAUCCCACCUUCUCGCGCACCGUGCUGGUGAACACCAAGUUCGACAACCGCGUGAAGGAGCUGCGCACGCCCGAGUCGGCGGCCAAGUACCUCAUGGGUGAGAACCUGCCCGAGGGCAAGAAGCCCUUCUUCAUCUCCCUCCCCGUACGCCGCAAUCUCGACAGCGAGCGCUUCCGCGACGGGAUCAAGGAAUGCUACCUCGACGACUUCCGUCGUCUCCUCGAGAUCAAGUUCCAAGAGCAAGAUUUCGCCGAGCAGGUGGGGUUCCACCGCGUGAAGGCCUAUCUCGAGCGCAUGCUCACCGAGAAGUACUACGCGAGCGUGCCGCCCACCCUCCACAUGCUGGACAACAUCUGCAAAGAGAGCGAGCGGGAGUUGCAAAUGGUGCGGCGUGAGCUCGAGUCGAACAAUCUCGAGCUGCUGCGCAACAAGGUGAAUCGCUACGUGCAGUCGUUCAUCCUCCUGAUCGAGCGUCUCCUCGAGGGUUCGAUCAUCGGCAGCCCCGACACCUUCGGCGAGACCCUGCAGGAGGAGAAGGCCGCCAGCGGCAUCGGCGAGUGGCCGGCCCAUGGCAUCGAGUACGACAUCCAGAACAGCCACUACAAGAUCUACGGUGGCGCCCAGUACGAGCGCCUGCUCAACGAAUUCGAAUACGUCGCCCACAGCAAAGAGUUCCCCUUCAUUUCUAUUCACGAGGUGGCGUCGGCCAUCGGCACGUCCAAGUACCACAACGUGCCGGCAAGCGAUAUUGUGCAGAUCAAGGCCCGCAAGGAGCUGCAGCCGCUGAUCGACGUGGUGCUCGCACGCUGCUCGUACGUGUUCAAGCGCCUGUGCGACGUCGGCAUCUCGGUCAUGAAGGGCGGCGAGAGCGGCGUGCUCAACGUCUACGAGCCGUUCAUCAAGGAGCUUCGCGCCGUGUACGGUGGGUUCAUCGACAGCGUGGAGGAGCUCUGUCGGUCGAAGCUGAUGGACGACUUCGAGACCUUCACCAAGAUCCUCGAUUGGGACCUGCUCACCGGCCUCUCCGAUCUCGGCAAAGAAUACGACUAUCUCGCCAGGGAUGCUGCACAGACUCAUGAACGAGUCACGCAGAUGAUGCAACGCAACGAAGGCAGCGCCAUGAACAUAGAGGGGAGCAGGUCGCGCAGGAUCGGUGAAUCUGCCUACAACCAAGUGUGCACCAUGUCGGCGCGGCUCUUCGCUGGCAUCCGCUUCUUCUUCGUCAAAUACGUCCGGAACAAGCUCAACGCCUUCUUCCUCGACCCAAUGUUUCAGAGGCUGGGCGGUGAGGUGACGGAUCACUUCCGUAAGCUCACGGACGAUCGAUUCUCGGAGCUGUUCGCCCUCGGUGCCGUCGAGCUGAAGGAGCGCGCAGUCAUGCUGGAGAACCAGCUUGUCCACUGCACGGCGAGCCGCGAUCGCUUCAAGGAGGUCUAUCAGCGCCUGCUGAGCCGAGCCGACAAUUAG